AUGGCAGACGAAGACACAAGUAUGGCGGACUCACAUCCCAGCAGUUCUCCAGUGACACCAGUUAUCAGCAAUCCUGGCACUCCACGGUCAGAGGUAUUACUAGAUGUGCGAGCUACGCCUCCCCUUUCCAGGACAACUCCUCCUCUGCACAGAUCUACACCUCCUUUAGCUCGAGCCACACCCCCACCGAAUCAGGGGCAGCCACUACCUUCUCAUGUUUCACAUUCGAAUCCAGGAAGGUCUUCUCUCUCACAAGCACCUCCUGCUCCAUCAGCUAUUGCACAGAUGCAUCACCAUCAGAGUAAAUAUGCAUCCCUCCUAGCUGUUAUAGAGGACAUGGGCAGAGAUAUCAGGCCAACCUAUGCUGGCAACAGGGGCUCCACAGAAAGGCUUAAGAGGAGUAUAGUGCACGCCAGGAUUUUGGUUAGGGAGUGUCUAAUGGAAUGUGAACGCAGUGCCCGUACUUGA